UCACAGACAGAGAGAGAGAGAGAGAGGGAGAAAGAAAAAAAGAGAAAAUGCCGUGAGUCUUGAAGUUUCGAGAGGUUCUGUGUGUUUGUACAUUCCUCUACUUUGUAUUCUCCGCUGGCUGCGGUGCUGUUUAAUGACUGCUUUAAUGGCACAUUGGAGGGAAAGUACGCUUAAAGAAAAUGGGAUACAAUGAAGUGAGGGCUUCGUGUUGAAUUUAAUUAAUCUGUGAGCAGAGGUCGAGUUGUUAGAAGGAGGAGUGGAGUCUAAUCCAGCUGUGAGUUUCAUGUUUGCAAAUUAUUGCCCUUUUAAUGGUUAUUACUCUAAUUAAAUACUAUAAUAACACUCCAGAGGAAGAAAUCACUAGUAUAGUUCUGUUACACUAGGACUCUUUUAUUCCCUUAUAAUUGACUUUAUUCGUUUUACUUUAUAGUAAAAUAUUUAUUAUUAUAAUAACAAUAUUUAUCAGUUUGAUGAGAUAAUUGUUAGCACAGCAUCACUUCUGUCUCCACUGAGCUUGUAGAUAUUUUGAUCCCACAUGGUUUCAUAGUCGCUUCCAUACGCACUGUUUUCUUCCAUGCCCUUAAAUACUGUGGUCCAUUAUCAGCUCCGUGGACCUCACUCACUAAACUUGGCCGGGCAUGGGAGAAGCGACCCCCGCUCAGUCUGCUUCAGGCCCCUUCGUACCCAUGUUGGGUGUAGGUUUAGGAGCCAUGCCCGGUGGGGUCGCCAGUGGGCCCGUGGUGGCCCCAACCAGGGGCUCCGCGGUGCCACAGCUGCACAACGCCAUCGUGGAGCGACUCCGCGCCCGCAUUGAGCUGUGCAGGCGGCACCACUCCACCUGCGAGAACCGCUACCAGAGGGGUCAGGCCGAGAGCUCGGACCGGGAGCACGAAAGUACGCUUCACCUGCUCAACAUAGUCCACCAGGGGCCCGGGACCCGCAAGUCAAAGGGCGGACGUGGGGCGAACCAGCAGCAACCUCCAGAGUACAGCAGGUCCAACGGGGAACUGAAGGGCGCCGACGGCGAGCAGAAGAUUUCCACGCGCAUAGCGCUUCAAGGAUCAUUGCGACGGAAGAUCGAGGGACACGCUCCGGGACACGUACAAAAGCAGAAUGGACUCUCCUGCGUUUUCUCUGGAUCAGACUUUAAGAGGGUUCGCGUGGACAGCGGCGGUCUGGGACAUGGGCCUUGCAACCAUAACCUGACCCAGUCUCACUCUCUUCAAGGAUCAUCAACCAUGGGGAUGCAGGGGAAAAAUUACAUGAUGCCCCACGGAGUGAGAUCAGAUAUAUUCAACAUGACCCUUAAAGAAAUGAAAAAGGAGCCCAUCGAGGUGCCGUCAUGUGGUCAGUCGAAUGCGGAGAUGAUUUUUGAUUUUAAAGAUGAAAGUGGUGGUCAGAUUGACCCAGAACUCCAGGAUCUGUUUGAUGAGCUGACAAAGACGGUGCCCCCUCUGAAUGACCUGGAGUUUGAGAAGAUGCUGAAACAGGAUGAUACAUUCGGUUUGGAUCUAGGUCGGCCAAACUCAGCGGGCGCAGCGGCUAAUCUGUGUUCCCCGAUGGAGAAGCAGAUUAAGACGGAGCACUCCCCGGAUUUUGGCCACGUCCACGGCGGCUCGGCGCAGCUUCGACCUGCCUCCGCGGGGCCCUCUUUCACGCUGACCAGCACGUCCUCUACCACCACGUCACAGAAAGCUAGCACGCAGGCAGGACACCCCAGAGCCAUGCCCUGCUGGCCAGAAAUAUCUCACGCAGAGCAGCUGAAGCAGAUGGCAGCAAACCAGCAGCAGCCGAACACUCUGCUCCACCACCACCACCAACCACCACCUGUGGGACUGUCUAGCUGGGCUCCUGCCAUGAGCAACCACUCAUCCACCAGCACCUUUCCCCAGGAUAAGGUCUCUAAUUCGGCCCCGAUUAGCCAGCAGAGAAUCGGCCCCCAGAAUAAAGGGAUCAACAACUGCCUCUUCAAGUCAAACGGGCAUGCUGGCUCCUCCCAUCAUUUGGACAUGAAGGGUCUUAGCACCAAGCCCACGUUGCACUUCAGCCCCAAGGCACCGCAUUCUGCCAAUCAGCCGAUGUCGAUCAUGGCGAGCCCGGUGAAUAAAACCUCAGCCCAGCAGCAGCAGUCACCUUCAACCUGCCAGAAUCCGCCACACUCAGCUCUCCACUUCCAGAACCAACAGAUCUCCACAUCAGCGGCCCUGUGUCACCAAGCCAAGCCUGGUCCUGCUGGGCUGCCAUUCAAACUGUCACAGCAGCGACAGGGUGUUCCUCCUGGUCCGAGGCUGCCCAUUAAUGGAAGCAUGGGAGUCAUGUCAGCCCAGGCACAGCCACGGGCCUCGGCUCCCAGCAACCAGCACAAAGGCCCCGCCAAGCCUCCAGCCAUGCAGAGACAACUGAACCAACAACAGCAACAUAACAUCAGCAACUCAGACAAAGACACCGCUCAUGAUCAGUUCAGCCGCCAUCUCACGAGACCGCCACCGGAUUAUAAGCAGUCAAGAAGUAUGGUCGGACUUAAGCAAGGAAAUAUCUUCACAGGUCAAAACUCCUCACCUUCCACCAGCAAUGGUCCAGAGAAUGACCUUCAACCCAUGUCUUGUCACCUCCCAAGUGGGCCUGGUUCAAAGAUGAAUCCUUCACCAUCGGAGCGCAGAUUCGGUCUGGGGACCGACUGUCAUCCGACGCCGUGUAUUGGCCAAUUCCAGCAGCACAACAGUCCGAAUCAAAUUGGACUGAACCAACACAAGCCAAGGUUCCUGGGACCGAACACGCAAGGCGGCUCCUUUGGGAUGAACAAUGUAGCAGGUGUGCAGCAUCCGAGAACGACAGCUGAAUUGCAUUCCUCCGGAGUGCCCGGGCAGGGUCUCAGCAGCUUGAUGACAAAUGUCAACAUGGGUUGGGGCUCGGCCAACAAGCAAGUGACAACUGGACUCGGUGUAAGGCGUUUACCCAACCCUCUACAGUCACAGGGAGGGCAGCUGGACAUGCCAAGCCAUCCGUACCAACAGAGGCACGUCGGCCCUCCGAACCAAGUAGCACCAGACGUAGGGAGGCUCCCUCUUAACCCGACAUUAAGAGACACGGGCCCAAGACCGAGCCAGCCAAUCAUGGGCUCUCCAUCAGCUGUGGGAAACCUGAACCAGGCAUCUCCUGAACAGAGGGUACCAGCGGGAAACUUUGCUGAGCCCAGUCCCAGUUCCGCCAGCUACCACCAGAACAACAGAGCCAACCGCGUGACCUUUGACUUCCUACCUGAGGGAGACAACACAGUACCUGGCAUCAACACAGACUCAGACUUCAUAGACUCCCUGCUCAAGUCUGACUCUGGCAACGAUGACUGGAUGAAAGACAUAAAUUUAGACGAGAUUCUCGGCAGUCACUCGUGAAUUGUGAGGCGGAACCUUUUUGUAAAUAAUGAUAAAAAACGGAAUUUUAUAAACUCAUGACCUUUGUUAUCCACGUAUACUGUAUUGAUUUAUAUUGUAUUUACUGUGAAAAUAAAUUUUGUCUUAUGUCAUUAGUAUUCAGCAUAUUUUGUUCCUGGUAUAUUGUCCAAAAAAAAAAAAGCCUUUCUUUGCAGUCACUGUAGUUAUUAUGGUCUGUCAUAUUCAAGCUGUAGUGCUGUCAUGUAAAGUAAGAAACACCAAAUUCACACUGUGAGAAGAAAACGUUGCCGUGUCGCUUCGAAGUUGAGCUGAAUCUCUAUCUACUAUAGCAUGAUAUGGUAUUUACCUUCGGUUGUGUUGCUACCACACACACACACGCACACACACACACACGCACACACACACACAGAAUCUUUCCACAACUCAUUUUUGGUCCAACUUUACUGUUCAAGCUUUUUUGAUCUGUGGUAGUUUUUGAUGCAGUUUAAAUAAUGUAACCAUAUUUUCAUGUGAUAUUUAAUAAUUAUUGGGAUAGUAUGAAAACAUUAUUAUACAUGCAAUUAAUGAAAAUUGAUUUGAAUAAAGUGUUGCCUUAG